ACGACGCAGCCUUUGUGUGUUGGCGUCGGCGCCCCGCCUUCCUGAGGCCUGCGAGUUUGCUGGGGCACCCGGGCCGCAUUGCCGCCCUUCUCUAAGCUGCCAGAGUGCUGAGGACGCUUGCGGGCCUUGGAACUGAAUGGGGUUGGAGCUUCCAGGAGCCGCUUUCGGCCUUACCUAUGAAUUUGGAAAUACUGGACAUCUAGUGGGCUUCAAAUUGUAAACCACAGGAUGAGUAUUCAGUGGGCAUGAGAGAUUGAGAACAUCCUGUCACACCAUAAACCUUGGUGUAGAUCACUUCUUUUCUGUGGAUUGAAGCCAGAGAGCACAAUGAGUACAAGAAAUCCUCAAAGAAAGCGGCGUGGUGGAACCGUGAAUUCUAGACAAACCCAGAAGCGAACCCGGGAAACAACUUCAACCCCUGAGAUUUCCUUGGAAGCAGAACCCAUAGAACUUGUGGAAACUGUUGGAGAUGAAAUUGUGGACCUCACCUGUGAAUCUUUAGAGCCCGUGGUUGUGGACCUGACUCACAGUGACUCUGUUGUGAUUAUUGAAGAAAGGAGAAGACCAAGAAGAAAUGGGAGGAGGUUGCGCCAAGACCACGCUGACAGCUGUGUGGUGAGCAGUGAUGACGAGGAGCUGUCCAGGGACAAAGAUGUGUAUGUCACUACCCACACUCCUCGAAGCACCAAGGAUGACGGAGCGACUGGACCCAGGCUGUCGGGUACUGUCAGUUGUCCAAUCUGCAUGGAUGGAUAUUCUGAGAUUGUGCAGAAUGGGCGUCUCAUCGUUUCUACAGAAUGUGGCCACGUCUUCUGUAGCCAGUGCCUCCGUGAUUCCCUUAAGAAUGCUAAUACUUGCCCAACUUGUAGGAAAAAGAUCAACCAUAAGCGGUACCACCCCAUUUAUAUAUGAAAUGUUCACAAGUGCUCAGGAUAGACCAAUGGACAGACAGCCGGGCUGGCUUUUCUGCAUGGUAUCUGCCUCCAGUUUCCUGAGAUGAAAAAGACUUUCAAAAAUCAAUGUCUGAUGUAAACUGGUCUUUUGUUUUCUAACCCCUUAGAUCCUUUUGUUAUCUCCAGUUUGAUGCUAUGGAGCACGCUCCAGGGAUCCUCCCAGAUCAGUUCAGCAUCUCUGCUCCUCUGGGUGGUCUGAGCCAGGCAUAUUUGAGUCAAGCAUUAUGGCUCCAGCCUCUUCAUGGAGCUUACAUGCUGGCCAAGAAGUUCCCUGUGGGUGCAGAACCUUCUCAAUGUACCUGUCAGUUAGCUAUUCUGCCUGCCAAACAGUGACCGGGCCAGACAGCCCAAAUAGCCCAAGGAUACCAGUACAUAAACUGCUCCUGAAAAGCCUAACUGGUGGACUUUUAGUUUUCCUUCCCAUGAGAGCAGAGGUGACCUGUGAUUCUGCCUGAAACUUAUCAUUGGUGUGCGGUGUUUUCUGCAAAUCAAGUGGCUCAACAGGGCAAUCCUGUUUCCUAAGAAUGAAAAAGUGCAAUAAAGCCCUAUCUUCACCUGCUCUUCAGCAAUCUGGAAGAUGUAGCACUGUUAGUACCCUCAGCCCAGUGUUGCCUAUGGGAGCAGUGUUCAUCUCACCCCAUCUCUGUUCACCAACUGUUCUCAGGAACCCUACCCAUGCUCCAAAGUUCUUUGCCUGGCACAGAACAUUCAAGGCUAAUAGGACAGGCAAGUUUUUGAGUGUCCUCUCUUUCUGCUAAGAUGGGUCCUGUGUUGUCUACAGUGCCCUCCAACCCUCAGUUUUUCAGUUCCCACUGCCUAAUGUCUGCCCAAGCAUAGAUAUCAGGAGGUGGUAGCAGUAACAAUGGCCUUAUCAGCUGUUCACUUAAAUGCUUUUGCCCAAGUCACUGUUGCCCUACUCAACCUACCACUGCCCUGGCUUUCCCACACCCCUUGAAUAGAUAUUUCCAAAGCUGCUCUUCUAGCCAGUUGAGCUUUGAUCCUAUGGACUUUGGACUGCUCAGUAGGUUUUGGUCAGCAAAGCAUGGUGCCUCUUCCUCCCAGUGGGGCCACAGUCUGCUCCACUCUAUAUAUAUGAGGGCCUCUGGUGCUCACAGAGAUAGUGAGGUGGAAAAUUGCCCCAGGGGUCACCAGGCACAGGGUGGCUUAUAGAGGAUAGGCCUUGAAUGCCAGCCUGCCACCACCUCCACACUACUUCCUCAGAGGGCUUCAAGCCAAACCAAUAGCCUUUUUGUGUGAAACAACUUUGAGGUGGGAAAGGGACCACUGGAGAGCUUUGCUAGCAAUAACUGACGUACAGUUUACUGUUCUGAAGGAGCAGGGACUCAGCACAGAAUUCACUUUAAAUGGAGCUGAAGGAGUGUCCCUCCUAUGUGAAAAGAAAAUAGUUUUAUUCUUCAUUCUGACUUUUUAACUGUUUGACUUCAGUUAGUUUGAAUGAGAGUAGUAAGUUUUUUUUUACAUGGACUCAGAGGGUAAGAGCAUUAACUCUCAUCAUUGUGAUGUGUGGUAUGUGCCCGCCCCUGCCCCCUUGGAUGUCAUAGCCAUUGAGUUCCCUGUGUGUGGGCCUCAUGGACUUGGUCUUGUUAGUGCUAGUGAUAGCCAGACUUCAAGAAGACAAGGCAACCAUGCAGCCAGUUCACUGGUAAAUAUGGUGACACCCACUUAAAAAUUCGUUUUCUUCUUAACGACGGUUUAUGAAGUUGAUCAUAAAAGUUCUAUUACUUCAUCCUAAAUUAAAUUGAGAAAAAUAUGUGUUUAGUUCUUCUAAUCAGAAACUGCAUUAAUAAGAAAAGGUUGAUAUAGAAAAGAUUUUCUUUCCUUUUUCUUAAUGUAUAUAGUUUAACUCUUUGUUACAUUUAAACUAUGCUCAUGGGUAUCAGUCUGUUUUGGACUAGUAUUAAAGAUGGAAAUAAAACAGUUUGAACUAA